ACCGCCAUCUCUGACGAUAGCCGAAGGAUAAGCAUUCUUUGCAAAACAGUUCAGCUAGAAAAGUGUACAAUAAUAUAGGAUAGUGUAAAUCCCGACAGUAGCCAAGUAGUGUCUGUAAUGUAUUCCGAUGGUAGUGAAGACAGCAGUGAACUAGACGACACUGGCCGCGAUAAAAAGGCCCAAAAACGGUCGGGUGGCGGCAAGUCCGUGGAGAAGAAAAAGAAACACGAAAAGCACAAGAAACACAAGAAAUCCAAGAAGCACAAGAAACAUCGGCACCAGUCAGAGGAAGUGGAGAGUGAGGAGAAAAGUGACGACGAGUCGGAACAUUCAUCCCGAAGGAAUCGAAAACAACCGCAGCAGUCGGAGGAGCGAGCCACCGGAAAGGAAGCAAAAGAUGACCGUGGUUUUCCGAGGGGACGACAGCUGUCGCCGGAAGUACCGCCGCGGCAUGAUAGGGAAGAGAGGCUGUUGAAACAACAUGGUCCCUCAUCACGAUGGGACAGUCCGGGUGUAGGCGAUGGACGUCAUGUUCACGGUAGUCAUAACUACGAUCAUUCCAAGAGCCAGCGAACCGGUAGAAUGGAAAGCCGGGAUGAUAACAGCCAGCAGCGAGACGAGAGAUAUCAACGAGAAAACAAUCGUCGCAGGUCUUCUCCUGGGGCGCGUUCUAGAUCACCAUCACCGUCUGGCCGUGGACGAGCCGAGUAUCGGGACCGACGUCGUCACUCAGAUGAAAAUAGUAAACGUGGGGGUGAAAGUGUGGGCCACCACCAUCCUGUUUCAGCUCGCAAUGACGAGCAGUACAACAGAGGUAACAACAAUGGUCGGGAGCAUCGAGCUGCCUCCCCAACGCAUCAGCACCAUGAGGGACGGUUUGAUGACAGGAGAUUCAACCAGCGAAAUGAUAAUUAUGAUAAGUACAACACGGGUAGAGGAGUAGCGCAGAGAACAAACGAUGACGGACAUCAAAGACGCAACCAAUCUCCGAAUCACGCUUACCGUGGACAGCAACAACGUGGCCGCGAUCGACCGUACCAAUCCGACGAGCGGGAAGAACGUCCAUAUAACAGAAGCGACAAUCGUGGCGAAUUUCGGGAUCAACAGCGUGGUAAUCGGGACUGGAGGGGUCCACCGGAUGAGCGAGAUCGUAACCGUCGCGAUCGGAAUGAGGACCGAGAACGAGAUGCACCUAGAGGCAGACCAGUUGAGGUUAAAGUUGAAAGAACUUCUUCGAGUCCACGUGGUCACAACCGAAGCCACCAACCAGGGAACCAGUCCGAGUCCGCUGUAGGGCAACGUCGCGGCAGGGAUCGUUCACCGAUGGGAAGGGGACCAAGAAGAGCACCUUUCCGACCGGGGCAAGAUAAUGAAGAAGAUCAGUUCGAAUGGGGUGGCGGUCGACGAAACGCGGAUUCCCAACAAUCCUCCGGGAAACCACACGUUCCCCGGAUUAUCAAAGGGGAAGAUCGGGCAGUCGUCAAGAAGGAAGAACCCGGCUCGGACUCGGAGUCGGCGCCACCUCCAAAGCAAAAGCCCAACUUUGAACUGUCCGGAAAGCUGACGGAAGAAACGAACAAAGUCAACGGUACAGUUAUAGCGUACGCCGAGCCACCGGGAGCUCGAAAACCGAAGCGUCGCUGGCGCCUUUAUCCAUUCAAAGGCGAGCAGGCCCUGCCGACGCUUUACAUCCACCGGCAAAGUGCGUAUCUGAUCGGGCGGGAUCGGAAAGUGUGUGACCUGCCGGUCGAUCAUCCCUCCUGCUCGAAGCAGCACGCGGUGUUUCAGUACCGCCUGGUACCGUACCAGAAGGAGGAUGGAAGCACUAGCCAGCGUGUCCGACCGUACAUCAUCGAUCUCGAGUCGGCCAACGGGACGUUUGUUAACAAUAAGAAAAUCGAACCGAAGCGAUAUCUCGAGCUGUUCGAGAAGGAUGUGCUCAAGUUUGGUUUCAGCACCCGCGAGUAUGUUUUGCUGCACGAAAACAGCAAGGAUGAUAACGAGGACGAGGGUUACGAGGUGUCCCCAACGUCGAAGCCUUUCGCCGGUGCCAACAGCAAUGUUGGACCGAACUGAAGCUCCUUCGUUUCAGAUAUUAGAUGAAAGGUGAGGAGCGGGUGAUCGAAAGGAAAACCGAAUAAAGAAUACUUCAGUAGAACGCCGUAGAUGGUGUUCUGCUUAAAACACUUAGU